GAUCAGCUUUUUAAACAUUCCAAAAGGAAUGCUUUAGUAUUUGUCACUCGGGGGAGGCGAAGGUCCGAACUGUAAUUUUGCUUGGGAAGUUAUGUCCCCUCUUUCUCGGGCAGCCUUCCGGUUUCAUCCAUAAACCGAUAAACGGCUGGAUAUAUCAUCCCUACGCCAUCCCGUCUCCUUAUCAUCCAUCACGUUAUCUCACCAACGUCUUCAGUAUUUUCUCCGACUUCGUAAAAUUUGCCCAAACCCCCAAAUCUAUAUUUCCAGCAGUAACCUUAAGCAUGUCAGAUAGUUUAAAGCCGAAUCUCGAAGAAUUGGAGGUAGAUAGGGAAGUAGAUGAUCGUGUAUUGUUCCCGCCCGAAUCUGAUUUUUCCGAGGUGUGUUCUUGCAUCGAUUGUUCUGCGAAAACAGAGGCGCUCAAGGCAUUUGAGAUAGAUCUACGGUCGAAAGACACCAUAGUCUUGGAACAUGAGAACCAAUUGCAGCCAGCGAUUGUGGCCUGCAUGGCCCUCUCUGCUGCCUCAGAAUGGACGAAAAACAUGUUGAAUCGUCUUCAUGAUGACCUGAAAAGACUAUACAAGGAGUCAGGAGUCUCAUGGACACUCACAAGAAGUAAAUCUGAAGAGGAACUGAGAGAUGUGGAUAUUAAAAUUGGUAAUAUGAUGUUAGAUAAUGGGCUGAUAAAGGAAAUUGUGACUCCAGAUGGAAGUGAGACCGAUGUUUUUGAUGAUAGGCCUCUUGUGCGCGUUAUCCAUUUUGGGAUUGUUUGGUAUGCGGAUACCAAAUACAAGGAUGCAGCACAUGACAUUCUCAAGAAGAUUGAAGAGAUUGAAAACCAACAUGAGCAAGAUAAGAAGUCUGCUGCUGAAGAAGGAAAACCUCUAGACUUUUCAAUCUCCAAGAAGCACAUUAACAACCAAAUUAAUUUGUUAAAGAUGUUGCCGGUUGGUGAGAUGUACCAAGAUUUUCAAAACCUUGUGCACAUAGCUGCCCGCAAGCAUGUAGAUUUCAUCUUAAAAGCUGAGAAAGAAAUAAAUGAAACAUAUCGUUCUAUGAUUGUGAUUCGAAGGCAAUUUUGGAAACAUUAUCAAGAGAUUGCUUCCUUCACAAGAAAUGAUGACAAAGAGAAACACAAUUGGAGUGGGUUGGAAGAAACACUUGAUUCAUUAGCCAAGAAGGCUGAUUUAUUUAAAGAGGCGUGGCAGAAUGAGUAUGAACAACACUUCGGUCCAUCUAAAAAUCAAAAGACAAUGCAAUGAGGGGAAGCGUUCUAUGGCAGAAAGCCUUCUACUCUUCUAACUAUGAUUUAGAUUUUUUCCAUGGUUUUUGGUAAUACUGUAAUACUUCAUUGUGCUAUGCUGCAAUUCUCGUGUAACAGUGCCAUUUUCCUCACCACACGUGCUGCAAUUCUAUUUUCCUGUCUUUUAAUAAUCUAUUUCCCGUCAGUCCCGUGUGCUGCAAUUGAGUGUUACAGUCUUAAGCUCUUUACAGUUAAAUCGUGAAAACUAACUAGUUCUGGUGGAAUAUAUCGAGAACGAGAUCAAUAACUGCUGAAAUAUAUUUGUUCUGCUCAUUAUAUGGAAUUGGUUUUAUGUUAGAAAA